AUGUACAGACCUAUCGGAAAUAGCUUGGUGAUAGGUACCAGAAGAUCCACCACUGGUCUUAUUUCUACAAGAACCUCAAUCAUUUCAUCUUACCAAUUUUCAACAACUACAAAAACUCAAAAAGAAGAAUCAAAAUCAAAAUCAAAAUCCAAAAAAAGUACUGGUCCAGCUGAUAAAAAUAACAUUUUUGAUCCUCGUGUUAUAGGGCUUACUAGUGAUCAAUAUAUCCCAAUUUCAUGGAGAAAUAUUCCAAAUCCUUUAAGUUCACCAAGAUUAGCUUGGAACGUUGUAUUAAGAAAAAUUUAUACUGUUGGUAUAAAUACUAUUCAAGUUGCCUUAUUACGUUAUCAAACUGGAUUAAAACCAAAAUUCCUAUUAUGGAAAAACAAUGCAAUUGAAAACUAUGUUCAAGUUAAUAAAUCAUUCGCUUCUAAAACAGUUAAAGAUGUUCAUUCAUCAGUUUCAAUGUGGGUUGAAGAAUCUUUAAAAAAUAGAUCUGCUUCAAUUCCAAAUAAUAUUAGAUUAUCUUGGAAAUUAGUUAAAUUUAAUGAAACCCCAAAAUUAAUCACUUUUAGACCUUUAAUGAUGCCAGGAAGACCUGUUGAACAUGUUCAAAUUGUUUAUAGAUUCAACACUAAACAACAAUUGGUUAAAGUCAAUUUAGAUAAUAAUAAAACUGAUAAAAUCACAAGAGAUGUUACUGAUCAUGUUGGUUUCUUAAUUGAUUUACAUACAAAUGAAACUAUAUUAUGUGGUUCUGUUUUCGAAAAUGCACCAACUGAUAAAAUCCCAAAACCUGAAGAUAUUGAUAGAUCUGUUAUUAUAAAAGAAAUGCGUGAACGUGGUGAUAUCUUUAGAUCUCCACCUCCAUCAAUCGCAGAUAAUUCCAAAAUUACAAAAGAUGAAUAA